GGGGAGUAUACAAACCUAGGCUGCGUUGUGUGGAUCCUUCAUUCGUCUCCAUGCUCAGAUCGUCAUCAGUCGGUCAUGGUUUGUGAUGGUUUGGCCGGUCUCUUGGUGCAUAUCGUGGAGGUCGGGUCUAACCUAUAGCACCGUAUUGUUUUCGUUGUUUUAAAUCACUUUUUUGACCAGUCUCAUGGCAACCACUUAAAUGCUGGCCGAAGCUUGCACAUCCUGGCAUCCUAUGGCAUUUUGCAUCCACCUGUUCCUUGGACGCAUACCCAGAGCUCUGGGCGUGCGCGUGCCACCCGCCCUCACCCCCCCCUUCUGCCUUCUGCCGCGGUCGGCGCUCCAGCGAGGUCGGACGUUUGGCCCUCACGUGGGCGACGUGGCACCUCCAGGCGAGACAGCAUGGCGAGCAUGGCGAGACAGCGAGCGUUGCCAGAAGGUUGCCAGCAUAUGCCAGCUGGGCGCUGUGACAGGCACAUGGCACAAGCCUGUGUUCAGAAAGAGUGACCGCGUGGGCCAUACAUAGGCCAUAGGCCCCAGGCCAUAGGAGG